GCGUUGAGUCACGUGUGUAUUUCCCAAGCGGAGUUUCCACGACAGCUGGAAGCCGAGCGGCGCAUCGGUUCUUUCCCCUAAAUAAUUUGAAAAAGCCCGACUUCUGCUCGUCUCAGCUCCUUCCAGAUUCACUCUGGUCUGGCAUGGGCGACAAGAGGAGCCCCACAAGGCCGAAGCGUCAACCGAAGCCCUCCUCCGACGAGGGGUUUUGGGACUGCAGUGUGUGCACCUACAAGAACACGGCGGAGGCUUUUAAGUGCAUGAUGUGUGAUGUCAGGAAGGGGACAUCAACAAGGAAGCCUCGCCCCGUCUCCCAGCUUGUCUCCCAGCAGCAGGUAACGCAGCAGUUCGUGUUGCCAUCGCAGCCCAAAAAAGAAAAGAAGGAGAGAGUCGAGAGGGACAAGAGCGACAGGGAGACGACGCUGAAAAAGAACAGUCACAAGAAGAUGAGGCCAAGAUUAAAAAACAUCGACCGCAGCAGCGCCCAGCACCUGGAGGUGACGGUGGGCGACCUGACGGUCAUCAUAACGGACUUUAAAGAGAAGGCCAAGCCCUCGUCCACCUCCGCCACGUCCUCCAGCUCCGCCUCCACCGCCGAUCACCACAGUCAGAACGGCUCCGGCUCGGAAAACACAGAGAGGGGCCUCUCCCGCUCCUCCUCGCCCCGAGGGGAGGGCAGCUCGGUCAACGGGGAAUCCCACUGAGUCCGUCAGAGCCUUCGCCGCUGGCCCCCCCACCCACUUCUCAUCUGCCGAGCUGCAGGAGCCUUUUCUCAAAGAUCAGAUUUGCAGCGCCUCAUCAGCUGAAAAAGUCUCCACAGCCAUGAAACUCAGUAAAAGGGAUGCACUGAUAUUUAUUUUAAAUCGAGUACAAGUCCKUACAGAUACAAGUUCUCAUAAAUACCACUAAUUUGAAAAUUUGUGAGUAAAAUGGGGGUGUGGUGCGUAAUUUAACUUACGGGCAUUAGUAAUUGGAAAAAGAUCAGCUGACUGACUGAGUUGCACCUGAAUAUCUUUAACUWCAUUUAACUUUUUUCUCUUUUUCUCUGACUGCCACAGCAUCAGCUACAAACCUCUGUAGGGGGCGGGAAUCUUUAAGUAACUCACUAUUCAAGGCUACGGUUACAAAACGCUAAUAUAUGUAUCCUAAUUAUCUGCAGGAGGCAUCUAGUUAGCUUCUGAAGUUUAUCUAAAAUGCUCAAAUGGAAACACUAUUUUACACAAAUAACUGAUUUAUAUAGUUUUGUGGCUAAUAAAGAGUAUACCUUAACAUAAGUAAAACAAAGAAAACAAUUAAUCACAGGCUUCUAACAACAGUUAGCAUAGAUGCUAACUUAACACUGAAAAUGCCAUAGAUACGCUAAUGUGAUUAGCAUCGUGUUUAUCCCUGUAAAUGUGUACGCAUUUUAAUUGUUUCAAACUCAUUACUAAAUGUCCAUGUUGUGAUAACUUGAAUUAUUACUUAGAGACAUAUUUUCUUCAGAGUUGAGCAAAAAAAAAGAUAAAAGAUGGAUUAACACACAGCUUUACGGCAACUACAGGAAGCUGCAGCGACUGCCUGAACAACUGGCAUUGCAUAGAUUAACAAAAUCGAUUUCUGACAUUUUUAAUAUUGAUUCAAAAUCAAUUUUUAGAUGUUUGCAAUGCAUCAGACAUAAAUGAUGACCCCCACCUCUGCUUCUCGUGGAGGCUGCAUGUAAAACAGGCUGCCAUUUUUUGCGAAAGUAAAAAAAAAAAAAUAGAAAACUACCUCCGUAGAGUUUUAUUGGUACACUUUUAUGAUUCCACACACAUCAGCCCAAUACCUGACACAUGAUGAGUAUCAGUGCAUCCCUUUUCAUAAUUUAAGCAAUAUAAAAACAGCUUCUGCUGAAUGUUUUUGAGAAUCUUCACUUUAAAUCAGGAUUUUUUUUUUUUUAUAAAAUCUAAAAUCCUUCUGUUUUGGAUAUUUUCCUGCCAAUCGGCUGUGAGGAACUUGGUCAGAACUGAUCUGAGCUAAUCGUUUUGUUUUCUUACUACAACCAYCAUCAUCCUCAGUGGCCAGCAGAGGAACUACUUCUUCUCUCACCCACCACCGUGAGGAAUUUCCUGCUUCUGUGUGAAAUCUUUACUCGAAACAAACAUCUUUUCUCAGUGUCUCAACACCGAGACGAACUUUUUACUCCUGACGUUGAUACUCGGAGAUUUUCCUGUUUCGCUGACUCUGCCGCAGAGACGUUUUUCUUUUUUUUCUUUUUAUUUUUUUUUGGACGCAGCAGGCAUUAUGGGAUGUAUUUACACAGGACUUUGAAGCAGGUUUUAAAGGUGGAAAACUGGUGUCAUUGUGUUGAGCUUUCUCUGCUAUUCGUUUUGUGCAUAACUACCACUAACCUAAACUAUUCUUAACGGUUUCAAAAGAAACAAUAAUAGCCUAUAAUUCAUGAAGGAAUGCAUAUGACCCUUCACUGCUAAUCCCACAGGUUUAAASUGAUGUUUAAAGGAGAAAUGGCAGAAUUAAAGCCAGUAGAAAUAUUACGCACUAAUCCUCUGUGAUGUAAAUGCCUCUCGGCUACUACCACUCCAAAUUUCAGCUCAAAUAAAUUCCUAGUUAUCCAAACGAUAGCUGUAAAUGACACCAGUUCUUUUUUUUUUAUCUUUCUGUGCCGCACAAAGAGGGAUGUACUUGUUUCAAGUCCUGGCGGAGAAGCACCCGACCCACUGAAGCAAAAAGGGGGAGGGGUUUAACCUCUGGACACGAACUGCUCCGAGCUGUCCAGGCUUCCUGAGUGCAGCGACGGACAAUAACCUCCCAGCAGAAGCAGCGCAAAUCAACCUAACUACGUAAUAAGACUUAUAGAAUAAUAACAGAGGAAAUAGAUAUUUCUAAAAUAUUAUACUAUGUUUUGAUGUGGUUGUAUUACUCAACAGGUCAGUGUUUGUCCUCGAGAUUUUUACCUAACGUUUUAGCACACAUCCAUCGAACUGUCAUAGCAUGAAAUAAGUAAAGUCUUGAUAUAUUGUGGGCAAAGUCUUUCGGUUUGUGAAUAUUGUUUGUCUCAGAGGCCGACUCGUCUAGCUGGGACUAGACGAGGGAACUGGACAAGAACUGUUUGGAGAAACAUUUAUUUGUGGCGAAGGAAAAAAAAAAAAGGAAGGACACUUAAAAUGCCACGGUGUCUCUUUAAUGUUUUUCUUUUCUUUGUUUUGUCAUUAUUUGUUUGGAAGAUGUGUCAACUUGUUUAAUACGUCGGAAUAAGAAAAAGGAUCAAAUUCAAAACAAGACAAACGUGUUGAUUUAUUACCUCCUCGUGAGCUCUGUCUUCCCCUGACGUGUAAGUGCAUGUUUUAUUGUGCUUUCUUAAUUAUUUCAGAGCGACGGUUGCUCAACGUUUCUCACGGCCCGAGCAGGUUCCGUUUUCAUUUUCACUCAGUUUUGUGUCGUUUUUGCAUCACKUGUUGAGGAUGACUCUCAGGAACUGCGGCACCAGAUUUUACCUCAAUAUAUUUAAAAAUGACUGAAUCAUAACCAUGUUCGUGUUCAUUAAAGUCAGUUGGCUUCAGCAGCCAUCUUGAAUUAGGUUGAAUCCAAAAGGUAAUCAGUUGUAGKUGCAGCUCUAAUGAUUACUUUCUGAGAGUUUCAUUAAAUYCCAUUGAGUGGUUCAUGAAAUAUUUUGCUAACAGACGAACAGCGUCGACACCCUGAACAGUUAAUGCCAAGGUUUAAAGCCAAAUUUGUGCUUAAAGUGUAGCAGUCAGAGUAGUUGCUGGGGAUGUUGCCAACCUAUUACCAGAUCAAACUUUAAUUCAAUAUCUGUACAAUUCUCAGAGGUAUAGCCAUUUUUGUGUUUGAUGGUUAUUUAGCUGUGGUGGCCAUCUUGAAUUACAUUCAAACAUUAAUGAGUUGUAGAUAUACAUGUAAUGAAUACUCCCUGAAAGUUUCUUUAAAAUCCAUCCAGUGGUUCCUGAGAUAUUUUGCUAACAGACAGUUAACUGAUAGGUUUUGAAAAAGGAUUACAGUUAGUGUUUAUGGCAUGACUCUCAGCUACGACCACACAACAGCUUAAUAUCUUUACAAGUAGCUGAGUUUUAGCCUUUUUUUUUGUGUGUGUUUGCUAAAGUUUCUUAGCUGUGGCGGCCAUCUUGAGUGGGUUUGGCCUCAAAAGUUGACGUUUGUAUAUCUAAUGACUAAUUUCGUAUAAAACAAGCUAAAAUACCCAUAAACAGCUUUUUAAUAUGCAUUUUAUGUUUGAUGGUUUUUAUUGUUUUCUGAUUGUUUUUUUUUUUUCUUGUUUCUCUUCCAUCUGUACAAACCCGGUUCAUUAAUUAUCUGCGUUAUUUUCCCACACUUAAUCAAAACGCGGUUGACACGGAGGUCUGCUUGUCAAACGCGGCCGUCUGAAGAAAAGGACGACUCAUAAAGCGUCUUUUCAGGGGAUGAAACCCAUUCAAUUUGUUCUCCCACCCUUCCCCCCAAACCAGGGUCCUCCUGCUGCUUUUGCUGUCAAGCUGAGUGGAGUAAGAGAGGAAACCGGAAGUUGACAGUUCUACCUUCAAAAUAAAAUUGCUGUAAUCGGAAUAUGUUAGGAUUUGCUCGAAUACUCUAGAUUUUUAUUUUUGUUAUUGACUUUACAAUGUAUGUGUAGGUUUCUAAACUUUAUUUUAGRAUGGUGGCAAAAUGGUCUAAUAUUUGGUGCUGAAUAAAUAAAAUGAAACAAAUCAUA